UUCUAGUACGUAGUACGUACGUACUCGUAUGUUUUUGGGGUAAACAAAGAAUUGUACUCGUACGUUAAACAUGAGUAUGCUGCUUGCCGCCUGCUUACCCUUUCCUCUCCCUUUGUUUGUUGAGAGGUUGCUUCUACAGCGCAGCCUAUUCUAGGGUUUCUAGCUACCCUCCUUCGCCGGUCGACCCACCGUCAUGUAUCUGUACAAUUUAACUCUCCAGAAGCCCACCGGCAUACUUUGCGCCAUCAACGGGAACUUCUCCGGUGGUAAGGUCCAAGAAAUCGUGGUCGCUCGUGGCAAAGUCCUCGACCUCAUCCGCCCUGAUGACAAUGGUAAGCUCCAAACGCUUCUGUCAGUUGAUAUCUUCGGCGCCAUUCGUUCGCUAGCUCAGUUUCGACUUACUGGUGCGCAGAAGGAUUACAUUGUGGUGGGGUCGGAUUCAGGGAGGUUAGUGAUAUUGGAGUACAAUAAGGAGAAGAACUGGUUCGAUAAAGUUCAUCAAGAGACUUUUGGGAAGUCCGGAUGUAGGAGAAUCGUUCCAGGUCAGUACCUGGCCAUUGACCCAAAGGGUAGGGCUGUUAUGAUCGGGGCUUGUGAAAAACAGAAGCUUGUUUAUGUUUUGAACAGGGACACUGCGGCUAGGUUAACUAUUUCAUCGCCUCUGGAAGCUCAUAAGAGUCACACCAUAACCUACUCGAUUUGCGGUGUUGAUUGUGGAUUUGAUAACCCUAUAUUUGCAGCAGUAGAGUUGGAUUAUUCAGAAGCCGACCAGGAUCCUACUGGCCAAGCUGCCAGUGAAGCUCAGAAGCAUUUGACAUUUUAUGAGUUGGACUUGGGGCUUAAUCAUGUCUCCAGGAAAUGGUCAGAGCAGGUUGACAAUGGUGCUAAUCUACUUGUGACUGUUCCUGGUGGUGCUGAUGGACCAAGUGGUGUGCUUGUUUGUGCUGAAAAUUUUGUCAUAUAUAAGAACCAAGGCCAUCCUGAUAUUCGAGCUGUGAUUCCCAGGCGUGCAGAUUUACCUGCAGAACGAGGUGUUCUUAUUGUUUCAGCUGCCAUGCACAAGCAGAAGUCCAUGUUUUUCUUUCUUUUGCAAACAGAAUAUGGAGACAUUUUCAAGGCUACUUUGGAUCACGACAAUGACAGGGUUAAGGAGUUAAAGAUAAAGUACUUUGAUACAAUUCCAGUCACCUCCUCCUUGUGUGUUUUAAAAUCUGGCUUCCUGUUUGCUGCAUCAGAAUUUGGAAAUCACGCUUUGUAUCAAUUUCAGGCAAUAGGGGAUGAUCCUGAUGUUGAAGCUUCAUCAGCUACACUAAUGGAAACCGACGAAGGUUUCCAGCCUGUGUUUUUCCAACCAAGGAAGCUGAAGAAUCUAGUCAGGAUUGAUCAAGUGGAGAGCUUGAUGCCACUCAUGGACAUGAAAAUUACAAACCUUUUUGAGGAAGAGACCCCUCAAAUAUUCUCACUAUGUGGAAGGGGUCCCAGAUCAUCUUUACGGAUACUAAGGCCUGGUUUGGCUGUUAGUGAAAUGGCUGUUUCGCAGCUUCCUGGUGUACCAAGUGCUGUUUGGACAGUGAAAAAGAACGUGAACGAUGAAUUUGAUGCUUACAUUGUCGUCUCGUUUGCAAAUGCCACACUUGUGCUUUCUAUUGGUGAGACUGUUGAAGAAGUAAGUGACAGUGGGUUCUUAGAUACAACCCCAUCACUUUCUGUAUCGCUAAUGGGUGAUGACUCUCUUAUGCAAGUUCAUCCAAGUGGGAUUAGGCAUAUUAGAGAAGAUGGCAGGAUUAAUGAGUGGAGAACUCCUGGUAAGAGAACUAUUGUUAAGGUAGGGUCCAAUAGACUCCAGGUGGUAAUCGCUCUGAGUGGGGGUGAGCUUAUAUAUUUUGAAGUUGACAUGACUGGUCAGCUGAUGGAGGUUGAGAAGCAUGAGAUGUCUGGUGAUGUGGCAUGUUUAGACAUUGCCCCUGUUCCGGAAGGCAGACAGAGGUCCCGCUUUCUCGCCGUGGGAUCAUAUGACAACACAAUCCGAAUUCUUUCCCUUGAUCCGGAUGAUUGUAUGCAGAUACUGAGCUUGCAGAGUGUCUCUUCCCCACCUGACUCUCUACUCUUUUUAGAAGUUCAGGCUUCUGUUGGCGGGGAGGAUGGUGCGGACCAUCCAGCGAGUCUCUUUUUGAACGCUGGUUUACAGAAUGGGGUUUUAUUCAGAACGGUCGUGGAUAUGGUUACAGGUCAGCUCUCAGAUGCCCGGUCAAGGUUUUUAGGUCUUAGGGCCCCUAAGCUUUUUUCUAUUGUUGUGAGAGGCCGACGUGCUAUGCUCUGUCUGUCAAGUAGACCAUGGCUCGGUUACAUUCAUCAAGGCCAUUUCCUUCUAACACCAUUAUCUUAUGAAACCCUUGAAUAUGCUGCAUCCUUUUCAUCCGAUCAGUGUGCAGAGGGUGUGGUGUCUGUUGCUGGGGAUGCCUUGAGAGUGUUCACUAUUGAGAGAUUGGGAGAAACAUUCAAUGAAACAUCCAUACCUUUGAGGUAUACCCCAAGGAAAUUUGUUCUUCAACCCAAAAGGAAGCUGGCAGUGAUCAUCGAGAGCGAUCAGGGGGCACUCACUGCAGAGGAACGUGAAAAUGUUAAGAAGGAGUGCUUUGCUGAUUCAGGGUCUGGAAACUCAGAAAAAAUGGAGAAUGGAGGUGGUGAUGACGAGGAUAGUGAGGACCCACUUUCUGAUGAGCAGUAUGGUUAUCCUAAGGCUGAAUCAGACAAGUGGGUGUCAUGCAUCAGAAUCCUUGACCCAAGAACAGCUCAGACCACCUGCCUGCUUGAACUUCAAGAUAAUGAAGCCGCAUUCAGUAUAUCCACUGUGAAUUUCCAUGAUAAGGAGCAUGGAGCUCUUCUGAUCGUUGGUACAACAAAGGGACUGCAAUUUUGGCCCAAGCGAUCUUUUGAAGCUGCGUACAUACAUGUUUAUAAGUUUAAGGAAGACGGAAAGGUCCUCGAGCUUUUGCACAAGACACAGGUAGAAGAGGUCCCUCUUGCACUUUGCCAGUUCCAAGGAAGAUUAUUGGCUGGCAUUGGUCCAGUUCUUAGGUUGUACGAUUUGGGGAAGAAAAGGCUGCUAAGGAAGUGUGAGAAUAAGCUUUUCCCCAACACUAUAACCUCUAUUACUACCUACCGUGAUCGCAUAUACGUUGGUGACAUGCAAGAGUCAUUCCAUUAUUGCAAAUACCGUCGCGAUGAGAACCAACUCUACAUAUUUGCUGAUGACACAGUUCCAAGAUGGCUUACUGCAGCAACUCAUGUAGACUUUGACACUAUGGCAGGGGCCGACAAGUUUGGGAAUGUCUAUUUUGUGCGUUUGCCCCAGGAUGUAUCGGACGAGAUUGAAGAAGACCCAACAGGCGGGAAGAUAAAAUGGGAACAAGGUAAGUUGAAUGGAGCUCCCAACAAGGUUGAUGAAAUUGUGCAGUUUCAUGUUGGUGAUGUCGUCAGUUGCCUGCAAAGGGCUUCUCUUAUUCCUGGGGGUGAGGAAUGUGUCAUCUAUGGGACUGUUAUGGGGAGUGUUGGUUCAUUGCUUCCCUUUACCUCCAGAGAUGACGUUGACUUCUUCUCUCAUCUGGAGAUGCAUUUAAGGCAAGAACACCCGCCCUUGUGUGGUAGAGACCACAUGGGUUACAGAUCUGCCUACUUCCCGGUCAAGGAUGUUAUUGAUGGAGACUUGUGUGAACAGUUUCCUACUUUGCCAAUGGACUUGCAGCGCAAAAUUGCAGAUGAGCUCGAUAGAACCCCAGGGGAAAUUUUGAAAAAGCUUGAAGAGAUUAGAAACAAAAUCAUAUGAGUCAAAUCUUAGAUCAAGGUUUGGAGCUCACUAAAGCAGCGUUAGCUUAAAGAUUAGGAGCGUUGAAGUGCAUUACUGAAUGCAGUUGCUGAUUAACGAAGUUUUUCCCAGAGUCAUUAUGAGCCUUCACUAAUGUGGGUUUCCUCAAUUCUGUUAUUUUGUAAAAAUGUUGUUUCACAUAUACUACUAGUAGCCUUGUAGGGAAUCAAAUCUUACUCGGCCACUCAGGCUAGUUAGAAUUUCGCAACUGAUUUUAAUUAUAGUUUUUGUUUUGUUUUUGUGUUUUUGGGUUUGAAUACAUUUCUCUCAGAGUAGGUUGUAAUCUAUCAGUAUUUUUUUCAUCUUUCUCACUUCUUCAGGAUGAUCGAAGUUUAAGAAGAGUUCUCUUUCCUAAAUAUGGUGCUGUGUGAUGAGGGCUGGACAUGGUUCAAAACCGGACAAGAACCGGUCCGGCUAAGGAAGUAAACUGGUUCUUGACCUGAAUUGACUGAUAUAUUUGCUGUUUGAAUUGUUUCUGUUUUAGGGGUCCAAAGGUGCAUAUAAUAAAUUAUAAUUUUUUUAGGCUUACAUACAUUUUUAGGGGCGGCAAGUAUGACACAUUUUGUUUAUGUAAUGGUGAAUGUGUUCAAGAAAUUUUUAGUUCAUUUUUUACACAUGAA